AAAACUCCUGAGGUUGCAUUAAUAGUGCACUCUAUACAGUAGAAUUCAGCAGAGCUGCUGCCCUGGGAUAGAAGCUGUUUUCCAACCUAUUUGUCCUUGUUUUUAUUAUCCGGCACCGUCUGCCAGAUGGUAAUAGUUUAAAAAAUAAAAAGCUGGCAAGGCGAUUAUCUAAGGCAUUUGAGGAAUGCACUGCCUUCCCCCACUCCCUUUCUGAUGGCAACUAAAAUGACCAAAGGAGUAUUUUUUUUUUUGUUAAAGUUGACCCUCUCCCUGCUUCUCCACAGGAUGAAGUCUCCGGUUCCACCUCUUCUGAUCAUCUGCCUUGUGAUGUCCUUCAACAGCUACACCCAGCAGGUUCCUUACUGCCCACCCCACCCUGCUCCAGAAAAUAUCACGGAGUUUGUCUGCAACUCCCCAUCUCUCCAUGAAUUUCCCGCCGGCUUCCCUGUACGAACUAAAACGAUCUCCGUUGAGUUCACCCAGGUCUCCAGCCUUGGCGUGGAAACCCUCCAAGAUCUCCCAAACCUCCAGGAACUUCACCUCUCCAACAACAGGCUGGAGACCCUUCCCAGUGGCCUCUUCCGUAACCUCCCAGAACUGCACACCCUGGAUCUGUCCACCAAUCUCCUGGAAGAUCUACUCCCGGAGAUCUUCACCGAUGCGACGAACCUGACGCUUUUAUCCCUCAGUGAAAACCGACUGGCUGAGCUGCGGGCGUCCUGGUUCGAAACCCUGAAGGAACUUAAGAUCCUGAGCCUUGACCGAAACCAGCUGAAGGAGGUCCCCGUUUCCUGUUUCUCCAAGCUGAAGAAGUUGACCUUUCUAGAUCUCUCCUCCAAUCGCCUCCAUCGUCUCUCUCCAGACAUGUUCAGCGGCCUAGAAAAUUUGGAGAGGUUGAUCCUGGAAAACAACCCGAUCCGAUGCGUUGCCCCGAGAUCCUUCCAUUGGGGACCCAAGCUGAGCGUGAUCUCCCUGAGGAACUGCAGCCUGACUGACAUCACCCUUGGGGAAUUUCACCCGUUGGACCAACUGGUGCUGUUGGAUCUCUCCGCCAACGAGCUCACCAGGCUGGAUCCUCCGUCCGGCAUCCUGUCUGCCAAUCUCAGCCUGGAUCUUGCAGGA